GUCAACACUGGCUAGGAACCCUAUAUAAGCCAUCGUGUGAUUAAUAUUCAGACAUCGAUCAAAUAAACUUGAAUCAAAUCUCAAACUUGCAAAGAAACUUGAAAUAUUUUAUAACAAUGGGUGAUUCUACUGGUGAGCCGGGGAGCUCCAUGCAUGGAGUCACCGGUAGAGAACAAAGCUUUGCUUUCUCGGUGCAAUCACCAAUUGUGCAUACCGACAAGACGGCCAAGUUCGACCUUCCGGUGGACACAGAGCAUAAGGCAACGGUUUUCAAGCUCUUCUCCUUCGCCAAACCUCACAUGAGAACGUUCCAUCUCUCGUGGAUCUCUUUCUCCACAUGUUUUGUCUCGACUUUCGCAGCUGCACCACUUGUCCCUAUCAUCCGGGAGAAUCUCAACCUCACCAAACAAGACAUUGGAAACGCCGGAGUUGCCUCUGUCUCUGGGAGUAUCUUCUCUAGGCUCGUGAUGGGAGCCGUGUGUGAUCUUUUGGGUCCCCGUUACGGUUGUGCCUUCCUUGUGAUGUUGUCUGCCCCAACGGUGUUCUCCAUGAGCUUCGUGAGUGACGCAGCAGGCUUCAUAACGGUGAGGUUCAUGAUUGGUUUUUGCCUGGCGACGUUUGUGUCUUGUCAAUACUGGAUGAGCACUAUGUUCAACAGUCAGAUCAUUGGUCUGGUGAAUGGGACAGCAGCCGGAUGGGGAAACAUGGGUGGCGGCAUAACGCAGUUGCUCAUGCCCAUUGUGUAUGAAAUCAUUAGGCGCUGCGGUUCCACAGCCUUCACGGCCUGGAGGAUCGCCUUCUUUGUACCCGGUUGGUUGCACAUCAUCAUGGGAAUCUUGGUGCUCAAUCUAGGUCAAGAUCUGCCAGAUGGAAAUCGAGCUACCUUGGAGAAAGCGGGAGAAGUUGCCAAAGACAAAUUCGGAAAGAUUCUGUGGUAUGCCGUUACAAACUACAGGACUUGGAUCUUCGUUCUUCUCUACGGAUACUCCAUGGGAGUUGAGUUGAGCACUGAUAAUGUUAUCGCCGAGUACUUCUUUGACAGGUUUCACUUGAAGCUCCACACAGCAGGGCUCAUAGCAGCAUGUUUCGGAAUGGCCAAUUUCUUUGCUCGUCCAGCAGGAGGCUACGCAUCUGACUUUGCAGCCAAGUACUUCGGGAUGAGAGGGAGGUUGUGGACGUUGUGGAUCAUACAGACGGCUGGUGGCCUCUUCUGUGUGUGGCUCGGCCGCGCCAACACCCUUGUAACUGCCGUUGUGGCUAUGGUGCUCUUCUCUAUGGGGGCACAAGCUGCUUGCGGAGCCACCUUUGCAAUUGUGCCCUUUGUCUCCCGGCGAGCUCUAGGCAUCAUCUCGGGUUUAACCGGGGCUGGAGGGAACUUUGGAUCAGGGCUCACACAACUCCUCUUCUUCUCGACCUCACACUUCACAACUGAACAAGGGCUAACGUGGAUGGGAGUGAUGAUAGUCGCUUGCACGUUACCUGUGACCUUAGUUCACUUUCCUCAAUGGGGAAGCAUGUUCUUGCCUCCUUCCACAGAUCCAGUGAAAGGUACAGAGGCUCAUUAUUAUGGUUCUGAGUGGAAUGAGCAGGAGAAGCAGAAGAACAUGCAUCAAGGAAGCCUCCGGUUUGCCGAGAACGCCAAGUCAGAGGGUGGACGCCGCGUCCGCUCUGCUGCUACGCCGCCUGAGAACACACCCAACAAUGUUUGAUCAUACAUUCCACCCACGGUGGAAUGGUGAAGGAUGAUCGCAUAUAAGAAUAUGUCACACAGUGAAAAAAAAAAAUGCAAAUGUUAUCAAUGCUUGCAUAACAUUACUAUCUAUCUUUCAUUUACUAAACAAACCUUUUGCUUUUUGCCUUGAAAUCUUUUUAUUAUAUAUCAAAAUAUAUCUCUAUGUCUUGAGAUUUGAUUAUUUUGCAUAUAUCAUUAAUGAUUUGAUAAUAUUGGAACUGGAAACUCCUUUGUUCAAUUCAUUAAAGAAUUACACCGCACAAUAAAGACUAUCAUUGUAUCCCUUAAGUUGGUAAGGUGGGCGAAGGUAGGGUUAAGAAAUGAUCAUGACAUUUACUUUAUACUUAGCCUUGAGAGGUGACCAACUACUAAAUUGUCU